AUGGACGUCCCAGGCUUUGCUUUAAUCACAGGAGGUGCCUCCGGCAUCGGCCGUGCAUGUGCCAGAGCAUUCGCCAGGGAUGGCUCUGCUGGCAUCGCACUCAUAGAUCUCAAUCUUGAGGCCCUACAAGCCGUCAAGUCCGAAAUUGAACAAGAGAAGCUAUCACUAAAAAGUGAUUUCCGAAUCGAGCUCUACGCUGCAGAUGUCACAGACGAAAACCGAAUCAAUGAAAUCGUCGACGAUAUGGUGCAGAAAUUUGGUCGUAUAGACUAUGUUGUCAAUGCAGCUGGCAUCGCUAUCAAGCACCAAGGCGGGGCAGCAUUUGCUCAAACAGCUGACUGGAGCCGCGUUCUCAACGUCAACCUCAACGGGACCUUUUUUGUUCUCAGAGCUGCAGCGAAAGUCAUGCUCAAGCAAGAUCCGAUCAAGUCAUCGAUUAACGGAAGGGAUCUCCAACGUGGCUCCAUCAUCAACUUUUCUUCCAUCCAGGGUGUUGUUGGAAUUCCGUUGUCUACCUCAUACACUGCAGCAAAGCACGCCAUCAUCGGCCUAACACGUUCUGCAUCGGAGGAUUACGCAAAGGAGGGACUACGCAUCAACGCAAUUUGUCCCGGUUAUACGGAAACGCCAAUGACAACGAAGAAUCCCGACGUACUCAAAGCGAUGCAGGAGAGGAUAUCUACAGCGGUCCCUAUGCACAGAAUGGGACAGCCUGAGGAGAUUGCAGAUGGUGUUUUGUAUUUGGCUGGGGGAAGAAGUUCGUUUGUAACUGGAUCAGCUUUGGCUGUUGAUGGAGGGUAUACUCAAAGGUGA